AUGGCUGUUAUCACAUUUUUGGAGAUAGGCCUGAUAGAAAUAGAUGAAGAAAGGAGAGAAUGUCAUAUAAAGGAUAUUGUGCUGUGCACAUCCUUGAGAGAUGAGCACAACUACAGCCUGUCCAUUCAUGAGGUUGGUCCUCCAGGAGAAGGUACCGGUGUCUCAUUUGAGAAGUCGGUGACAUCCAACCGGGAGACCUGCCAGGUGUUCCUGCGGCUCACCCUGCAUUCUCGGGGCUGCUUCCCUGCCUGCAUCUCAUACCAAAACCAGCCAAUCAACAAUGGUGAAUUUGACAUCAUUGUCCUAAGCGAGAAUGAGAGGAAUAUCAUUGAGCACAACGUAUCCACCUUAGGAGUGAGCGUUUACUUUGAAGCUUAUCUGUUUAACACUGCCAACUUCACCAGCACGCCGUGGCACCUCCCGCCCAUGCACACGGGCUCUACCCAGCUCCGGCCCUCCUCGGCUCUGGAGGAGGAAGAUGAAGACUCACUGUCUGAGUGUCACACCCCUGAGAAGGUGAAGAAACCGAAGAAGGUGUACUGCUAUGUGUCACCAAAACAAUUGUCAGAGAAGGAGUUCUACCAGAAAAUCAUUCCUUGGUGGCUUUACACCUCCUGGGUGUGCCCCAGAACCAAAUUUUCAAACCUUGGCCCAGACCCUGUCCAUAAGCUGCUCACCCUUGUGGUGGAUGGUGGCAUUCAGCCUCCUGUGGAGCUCAUCUGUAAGGAGAGGAACAUCUUAGCGGCCACGUUUGUCCGCUCCCUCCAUAAGAACAUAGGAGGAUCCGAGACCUUUCAGGACAAGGUGAACUUUUUCCGUCGAGAGCUUCAACAGGUACAUAUGAAAAGGCCACAUUCUGAAGUCACCCUGAAGGUCAGCAGACAUGCCUUGUUGGAAUCGUCUCUGAAAGCCACUCAGAAUUUCUCCAUCUCAGAUUGGAGCAAGAACUUUGAAGUGGUUUUUCAGGAUGAAGAAGCUCUGGACUGGGAAGGGCCUCUUCGGGAAUGGUUUAAGUUAAUCUGCAAAGCACUGUUUGACACCACCAAUCAGCUCUUCACCCGAUUCAGUGACAUCACCCAAGCACUAAUGUACCCCAACCUUAAUUGCCCCACUCAUCUGCUCCUCAAGAUGUAUGAGUCUGCAGGGCGUCUGGUGGGCAAGUGUCUCCAUGAGUCCUCUCUAGAAGGAGCCUACAAGCAGUUGGUCCAAGCUCGCUUCACCCAUUCUUUCUUGGCCCAAAUCAUAGUACAGUGUAUGCAUUACAAGUGCUUUGAAACAGAUGACCCAGAAUUCUACAAAUCUAAAGUUUGUUUCAUUCUCAACAAUGACAUGAGUGAGAUGGAGCCGGUCUUUGCAGAAGAGAAAUUUAAUAAAUCAGGUCAAUUGGAUAAGGUCAGAGAAGACUCCCUGAGAGACCCACUUCAGAAACAGCAGUGA